AUGAGUUAUUCAAAGUUGUUAAGUGGUGACUUUUUUGAAUCGCAAAAUGUAUUCACUGUGGACUUAGGCCAAGAAGAACAUUAUCUUAUCCCUGAAAAUCCUGAUGAAAUACCGGUAUUCAUGUACUCAAACGAUUAUAUUCCAGGAUAUAAAGUGUAUCAACAUCAUAUAACGUUGUUAAUACAGUCAUGUUCCUACAAAGUACGCAGAUUUCUUUACAAUGGAGUAGAGCAAAAACUACCAACAAACCUCGAAGGUGUAUGGUCUGUUUUUGUCCUAGUCCCACGAAAAGAUUGCUCAAAACUCAUUGUAAAGGUAAACGUAUCAAGAAUUUUGAAUAUGCAUAUACCACACUGCUUUUCAGUCUUUUUCGUAAGGGAAGCAGAUGAUGAAUGGGCGAUAUACUUGUGGAAAGAAUGCACCUGUACUGCUGAAGAUUUUCAAAAGAUCUUGGACGUUUUUAAUAUUUCACUAAAUCCAGAAGACCCAGAAUUUUCCGAUGGGAAGUUGGAGAAGUUAAAACUUGAAGAUUUUGAAAGUAAAGUCGAAGAGGUUAUACUCCCAGAGAGUCCUCAAAAAAAGAGCAUAUGGUCUCGUUCAAUUAAGAGGAUAUCAAAAAUUUGCAGUUAG